AUGGCCUCCCGUUACCUUGUCUCUGGUCUCCCCCGGUCCCUCCCUCCCCUCUCUCCGGGGCCUGCCCUUACCUGCGUUCCCUGCGUCGAGGGGCGGCUGCGCGCCGCCCCUCACUCCUCCGAGUUUCCUUCAACAAAGGCUCCGCUUCAGACUCUUUAUAUGGACGUCUGGGGCCCCGCCCGCGUCCGUGGCCAGGGUCACGAGCGUUACUUCCUGUUGGUGGUUGACGACUACUCGCGUUACACCAUGGUGUUCCCCUUGCGCAGCAAGGGUGACGUCACUGAGCAAAAUGGGAUUGCUGAGCGCCGCAUUGGCAUGGUCAUGGACGUCUCCCGUACGUCCAUGAUCCAUGCGGCUGCUCCCUAUUUUCUGUGGCCGUUUGCGGUUCAGUACGCAGCGCAUCAGUUCAACCUUCAGCCCCGGGUCUCCUUGCCAGAAACCUCCCCCACCUUGCGGUGGACGGGGAAGGUUGGCGAUGCCUCUGCGUUUCGUGUGUGGGGAUCUCGGGCGUUUGUCCGCGACUUGUCUGCGGACAAGCUGUCCCCUCGUGCUGUUCCCUGCGUCUUCCUUGGCUUCCCCCCUGACGCGCCUGGUUGGCAGUUUUACCACCCCACCUCGCGCCGUGUUCUGUCCUCCCAGGACGUCACCUUUGACGAGUCGGUGCCUUACUACCGUGUGUCCCAGGUAGACACAGUCAAGCCUGUUGAUGUAGCUGUUGACUCUGGUGCUGCUAGGGGUGCUGAGCCUGGGGGUGUUGAGUCUGGGGGUGCGGAGCCUGGGGGUGCGGAGCUUGGGGGUGCUUGGCCUGGGGGUGCGGAGCCUGGGGGUAUGGAGCCUAGGGGUGCUGAGCCUGGGGGUGCGACGCCUGGGGGUGCUGGGUCUGCUCGUGUGGCCUCUGGUGGUGCUCGGUUUGGGGCCCCUUUGGCUGCUUCGUCGAGGCGGGAGCUACCCUCUCCACAGGAGCUGCGCGAGUGGUUUGCCCGGCGCUGGAGCCGUGCUACUGGAGCUGGAGGUGCUGCUGUUACUGCUGACCCUGGGGUCGGCACUGGAGUUACUGGAGCCACUGGUCCUGGAGGUGCUCGUACUGGCGGUACUAAAGCUGCAGGGACUUGGGGUGCUGCUGGGGCUGCUGGAGUUGGUCCUGCUGGAGGUACUGCUGGAGCUGCUGGCGGUACUGGAGCUAACGGUCCUGCUGGAGUUGGUGCUGCUCGAGCUGCUCGAGCUGCUAGAGCUGGAGCUGCUGGGGGUGUUGGCGCUGGUGGUGCUGCUGGCGGUGGUGCUUCUGAGGGUUCUGGAGUUGGCGCUGUUGGAGCUGGAGGUGAUGCUGGCGCUGGUGCUGCCGCUGGGGGUACUGGUGCUGUCCCUGCUGGUUCUGGAGGCGCUGCGCGGCAGCGGCCGUACUUCGCUCUCCUCCUUGAGCAGGUUAUUGGUCUCCCGCCCUGUACUGGUCCUGCUCCUCCCUUAAAGUGUCCACAGCCUGUCCAGUCCGAGUCACAGUUACAGCCCACCUCCCCCCUACUUGCUCCUUCUCCCUACAUUGGUCCUACUGGAGGUCUUGCUGAGCCUCGUGAGCCUGCGUCUCGUCCUGCGUUGACUGUUCGUGCUGCUCGCACUAGUAGUCGUGCUCCGCGUCCGUGUCCUCCUGCAGUCCUAGGCACACACCAGAUGGCACUACGUCCUUCCACUGCUCCCCUGCGUGUCCCGUUGCCGUCUCCUCCAGAGUCCUCUCUUCCUAUUCUUGCUGACCCGGACACGGACGUCCUUGAGGACAGGCAGGAGGAGUUCCAGUGUUUUGCUGCUGCUUUGCCUCAUCUCGUGUCCACGCUGAUUGCCCCUGAGGGAGACCCGGAUGCACCAGACAUCCCGACUCCUCGAUCGUACGCUGAGGCGAUCGAGGGUCCCUAA